CGUGCAGCUCUGCUCGGAGUGACACCUCUCCGCUGUCUCCGCGCUCUCUGACGGCAGCUUCAGCUCAGUUAGCAGCGCCGAGCUAAUCCGGCUAUCAGCUAACGGCUAACGGCUAGCUAGUGGCGCUAUGAUGGCGGAGCUGGUGCAGGGACAGGCCUCGAUGAACCAGCCGGGGCUGAAGUCAGACGGCAUAGCCGAGGUUUUACAGAGGGCCCGGCAGAUGGUAGGAAAGAUGGGCGGAGAAACCAUGUCUCACCUCAACAGCUCCUCAGGAAGUGUCGAACCCUCGCUGUACUACCCGGGACAGAAGCGACCAGGAGAGGACGGAGUAGGAAACCAGCUAGCAGCCAUGGGGCAUCAAAGCAGGGUAAUCACAGAGGAUUACAAGGUUCCCGACAGAAUGGUUGGCUUCAUUAUUGGUAGAGGAGGUGAACAGAUCACCAGGAUCCAGUUGGAGUCCGGCUGCAAGAUCCAGAUUGCUUCUGACAGCGGCGGUCUGAUGGAGCGGCCAUGUUCCCUGACUGGAACCCCAGAGAGCAUCGAGCAGGCAAAGCGGCUCCUGAUUCAGAUUGUGGAUCGCUGUAGAAACGGACCGGGUUUUCACGGCGAAGGGGAGGGCGGCGCCUCGGUGCAGGAGAUGCUGAUCCCGGCCAGUAAGGUGGGGCUGGUGAUUGGCCGAGGAGGAGACACCAUCAAACAGCUGCAGGAGCGAGCAGGGGUGAAGAUGAUGAUGAUCCAGGACGGUCCGAUGCCGACAGGAGCCGACAAACCCCUCCGCAUCUCCGGAGACCCGUACAAAGUGCAGGCAGCGAGGGAGCUCGUGUUGGAGGUGAUCCGGGAGAAGGACGGAGACUUCAGGUCGGGACGCAACGACUUCAGCGCCCGUCUGGGAGGAGCCAACCUGGAUUCUGUCCCUCUGCAGGUCCCAGUCCCCAGGUUUGCUGUUGGCAUUGUGAUCGGCAGGAACGGAGAAAUGAUCAAGAAGAUCCAGAAUGAUGCAGGGGUCCGGAUCCAGUUUAAAGCAGAUGAUGGCAUCAGUCCGGAGCGUGUUGCCAUGGUGAUGGGUCAGCCGGACCGCUGUCAGCAUGCUGUCCACCUCAUCAACGAGCUCAUCCAGACCGCACAGGAGCGCGAUGGUUUUGGCUCCGCCCUGCGGAGUGGGAGGGUCAGAAGUCGUGGUGAUUGGACUAUGGGCUCUCCUGGUCCCCUACAGGAAGUGACCUACACCAUCCCCGCUGACAAGUGUGGCCUGGUCAUCGGCAAAG